AUGGCCUCUGCGCCCUGCCCUCCGUCCCCGCUCCUCGUGCGGGUGUCCCAGUCAUUUCCCCGGUUCAGCCGCAAGCUGGAGAGCUACUUCCAGAGCCGGGGCUCGGGCGGCGGCGAGUGCACCGUCAAGGCCCUAGGCGACAGCGCCCCAGACGUCUUCCGGGUGCAAUUCAACAACAGGACAGCUAAGGAAGGAGUGUUGGGGAAAAAAGAGCACCAAAUCUCAGUUGGAGACCAAAUUGUGAACAUUUUCCUGGAACCCACUGAAAAGCCAAUAGAGAUGAUGAGACAGCAACUGCCAAGAGCAGAGGCGCUCUCUGGUGGGGAGCAUCCAAAGGAUGGACGCAUUUCUGACACUCUGCAUUCCCAUAUGUCAAAGAUCUUUCUUGCUGUAACAGCUGACCUGCGCUGUGACCUGUUCUCCAAAGAGCUGAGAGAAUACAUAGGGGUUUCCUGCCCCAGUAUAAAAUAUGUGGAGGGCUGCAGUGGGAUUGUGAGGGUGCAGGGAGACUUCAGAGAUAUUGAAAAAAUAUAUAAAUUCUUGAGCAACCAACUUCUGGGAAGCGAGCUCUACACGUCCUCCCCUCUGACAGUACAGGCCCCACUCACUCCACAGGACUGGGAUAGCUGUGUUUCUCCCAAGUCUCAAGCCAGGAAAGAAGGACAAAACAACAGCAUUGAAGUUCCCUUCCCUAUCCUCGAAUACUUCAAAAAUGCUUAUCCUGACAGAAUUAAUUUCAUGAAGAGAAAAUUCGGUGUAAGCGUCAACAUUCUGGCAGCUUCUCCAAAUAUGGCCCGAUUAGACUUCACUGGCAGUCAGCCAGACCAGGUUGAAGCAGCUCUUGCGCAUUUUGUCUCUGACUUCCAGAAGAACACAGAAUCUCUGAAGCAGGAGAGUGUCUCUCUAGCAGACUGUAAGCAGGCAAGUGAAAUAAAAGAAAAAUUAAGCUGUGAUUUUAAAAGACUCUUUAUAACGGAGAAAGGAAAAGAACUGACUCUUCUUGGGCUCCCAGAAGAUCUUUUGGCAGCCAGACGUUUCCUUGCUUCUCAAACUUCUGAAAUUCCUGUGAAGACAUCGGUGAAAAUACUGGCUCCCAAAGGCAUGAAGAACGGAAUAGAAGUCGACACUGCUCACUAUAAGCUUUUAGAAGCGGAAUUGCUGGAGAAGAUAACAGAGAUAGAGGAAAAGUACAACACUUGCAUUAGGGUUUUUGAAAAGACUAAAAAUGCUCAGAAAACCAGCAUUUUGUUUGUACCCAAGGACAAGGAGGUGGAUCUGUCUGUACAUGCCUCUGCAAGUUUUACUGAUGCCUAUCAACGUGCCUCCUGUCAGCUGAUGAAAAUGGGCCUUUCACUACAAGCGAUGGGCAAGGACAGAAAGCACUUACAUGGGACUAAGUUUGCUGAUGACUUUAAUAGAAAGCAUCCAGAUAUACACUUGACGGUAAACCAAGAGUCAGUGAGUCUGACUGGCUUGCUAAAUCACCUCGUAAAAGCAAAACAAUAUGUCCUAGAGAGAGGGGGAGUGCCGUCUGCUGGAGAGAAAUGGAAUGAGGGUCUCGAUGUCCAUGAGACGCCGAUGGACAUUGAUAGCAAUGGUUCAGAACCAGCUUCACCUCCAUCCAAGAGCUCUGUCAGUUCUUGCUUAUCCAGGGUAGACGAGAAGGAAAAGGAUUGUGCCAUCUGUAUGGAGACUAUUACCAAUAAACAAGUGCUACCAAACUGCAAGCAUGAAUUCUGUGCCCCUUGUAUCAGCAAAGCCAUGUCAUAUAAGCCAGUCUGUCCUUUGUGCCAGAGCUGCUAUGGUGUCCAGAGAGGCAAUCAGCCAGAUGGAACCAUGGAUAUCGUUUAUGACAAGUCACAUCUUCCGGGUUAUGAAUCAUAUGGCACCAUUGUGAUUUAUUAUAAUAUGAAUAAAGGCAUACAAACAGAAGAUCACCCAAACCCAGGAAGGCCAUAUGAUGGAAUCAGACGUACUGCAUACUUGCCUGAUAAUCAGGAAGGAAGAGAAAUUCUGAGACUACUUCGUAAGGCCUUUGACCAAAAACUAAUCUUCACAGUGGGGGAUUCUCGUGUAUCUGGAGCCUCAGGUGUCAUUACGUGGAAUGAUAUCCACCACAAAACUAACAGAUUUGGUGGACCAGAAAGAUAUGGCUACCCUGAUCCUCAUUACCUGAAACGUGUCAGAGAAGAGCUGAAAGCCAAAGGAAUCGAGUAA